CUUUUAGUAUAUAUAGUUAUUGGAGUUGUAUUUAUUUUCCAAAAAGCCUGCAUUAUUAUCUCUAUUUGAAUUUAGGUGUUAUAUGGAAACAUGAAAUUUGUCCUUCAUUCAUCAUCAACAUGGAAAUAUCUUGUGUUCCUGAUUCAGAUAAUAUUUCAAAGUUUCUCUACUGGUAACAUAACUAUUCCUGAACAUUUCAAAUGGCUAGAAACGAGCGUUGCAAGUGCAUCCAGGAUGUAUUGUCCGACGUGUUGCCCACACGCAUGUGGUAAAUAUGAAUUCAUACCAGAAAGCUCAAAAGUUGCCUUGUGUUGUGCAGAGUAUGCAAAACCGUUUUGGAAUUUUCCAAAAUAUUCUCAUCUACAAACACAUUUACAUAUGGAGUACAAUGACGACUUUAGCGAAUUGCACAUUAAACAACCUAAACAGAUUAAUAGUGUCACAUUGUAUGUCCUACGUUAUAACGGAAAACGUCUAUUGUCAUUUUUACCGUAUAACCUAUGUGAAUAUCACGAUUUGGUAACAGUUAACCUUAGCGAUAACCAAAUACAGAACCUACCAAAUAUCAGUUGCCUCUUGAAUUUGGACACAUUAGAUUUAUCAAAAAAUAAUAUAAGAGAUAUCAAUUCGUCCAGUUUUAGUCAACUUAUAUUUUUACGAUACCUAGACCUUUCAGAUAAUUUUAUAUCUUAUCUUAAACCAGGGGCAUUCAAUUAUCGACCAGGGAGUUUAAUGCACAUUAAAAUGAGACGAAACAGAUUAUUUAGUAUCGAUUUAACGAAUUUCAACCUGGGUUAUUGGUUCUAUGAAGUGGAUUACGCACAAAACAAAAUAUCCGAAAUAACAAACAAACUAAACUGGAAUGUGUUUAGAAAAGACAAAUUAGUAGGCGGAGGAUAUGUUAAAUUUAAAGCCAAUUAUUUAAGCCAUUUCCCGACGCCGAAAGAAUUCGGUUUAAGAAAUAUGAAUCAGGCUUAUAUUUUAGCUUUUUCGUAUUCAUAUCAGUUCGGUGACAACCCUUGGCACUGUGACUGUAGUUUGUUCCAAUAUAUAAAAAGCAUAGAACUGGCUUCACUCAAGUUCAAAGGUUUCAUAAAAAACAACUUAACUUGUUCAAGUCCACCUCAGGUAAAAGGUUAUACUUUUGGUGAUUCGACAGGCAAUUCGUCAUUUUACGAUCUUUUAAUUUGCAAUAUUACGAUGAAAAACAAAUGCCCACCUCGAUGUUAUUGCUUUCAACAGCCGUCAAAUAAGCGAGUCGUAGUAAACUGUUAUUUCAGUCAUCGAUCGAAAUUACCGAUUCAGGUUCCUGACUUCGACAACUUAGAUAUAAACUUAAGUCGAAACAAAAUAAAAACUGUAGAGUAUUUGAUUUACUUGCGAAGAACAAAAAGCAUCGACUUAUCGUAUAACAGAAUAGUUGAGAUUGACCCAUUAAUCUUUGAAAUUAAAACUCUGACUAUCAUUAAUCUUUAUCAAAAUAGAAUAAAGGUUUUGGAUAAGUCUGUUCGUCAGAAAAGUCCCUGUAAUAUUGCAUUUGGGGAAAUAAAAAUAGUAUGCACAUGUGAAAUGCUUUGGAUAAAGAUUUGGUUAGAACGUGGCAAUAGUCAAAGCUGCAAUAAAAAUCAUGUCACAUGUGAAAUAAAAUCUAAACAAAAAGAUGCAAUGUUGUUAUCAAAAGAAGAUUUUUGUCCAGUGGAAAGUAACGACUCAUUCUUUCUUAUUGUCUUACCCGUUGCGGCAAUACUGAUCUGUUUUGUAAUAUAUCAAAGAUUUGAAUAUGAAAUCAAAUUGAUUGUGAGAAAGAUACAAAAUCAAUCCAAUGCAACAAUAAUGAAUUCGGAAAUAGAUUUUGAUGUUUAUAUUUCGUUGAAUAUAGAAAACAAUGCAGGAACAGCAUGGGCAAUACAUACCUUAAAUGUGUACCUUGAGCAGCAUGGAAUGAAAACGUGUAUUCCAUAUCGGGACUUUGAGCCCGGUUAUAUCCAGGUUGAACAAAUAUACAAAAAUAUUAUACGGAGUCGUUUCUACAUCGUUGUCCUGACAGAGGAUUAUCAAGAAUCUCAAUUCCAAAAUAUAGAAUGGAACCAUAUAUGGAGCUCCUUCAAAUGUGAAGUUAGAAAGAACAUCGUUAUGAUUAACUUCGAUGCUUUAGAUAGUGCUAAAAUUAACGAUAGGAGACUAAAAGCAUUUUGUAGACUAGGUUAUGCGUUUGAAUUUUGUAAUUUUGAUCACCGUUUACUCUGUAAUAUCCGAAACUCAUUGAAUCCAUUUCCUAGAAACAAUCAAAACAUAACGAACUAUUCAGAGAAAAGAUCAGAUCAGAAUAUUAACUCAGACAAUUGAAGAAAAACAGAAAAUUAAAAAGCUAUAUACGACAAUUGGAUGUCUAGGACUUUAUUGUUAGGUCUUCAGAAAAUGAAUGAUUAAGGAGUAUGCUAUCGAUCAUUUAAUAAACACAUAUACAUAAGGGUUUACUUUAAACACA